AGUACUGAUUUCGAUGACUCAGUGGUAUAGUAGUAUGAUAGAGUUGCGGAGAAAAGGGCAGAGGGGAAAAGGCCGGGUGAUAAGCGGCAUCCGAGUCGGCGCUGGGAAUAUAUCUCCGCCAUCGGACCCCCGCAUUGCGACAACACAGUCGAAACUGGGAAAAUGCAAGGAGCUGAGAUUGCAGAACAUCAGCUAAGGCUGAGGUCAAUUUGAAGUGAAUCUCAUUUGCAGAAAUAUUAUCUCUAUUGCGCGGCAUAUGCUGGACAGUCAUUUGACUCCGAUAGCAACAAUGCCCGAUUAGGACUAGCGCACUGUCAUGCCGCAUCUUCCCCGCCACGUGACUGUGGCCGAAUCGGGCAAGGGCAGGAGGGGCAAAAGAAAGACUGAAUAGAUUCAUCUCGUCGCUCCCUGACUCACUUCCCCUCGUUGCGCUUCCUUUCCAAACCCCCUCCACAGUCCUUGAACAGAUUGCAAUCAUGGCCGAGGAGCAGUCGCACACCGCGCAAGAACAGGAUAUCAAUCCUUGGUCCGUGGAGGGUGCCCGCGACGAGAACGGAGAGGUGGUCGCCAUCAACUAUGAGGCCAUCUGUCGGAAAUGGAACACCUCCAUUAUUGACGAGAAGCUCCUUGAGCGCUUCGAGAAGGUGACCGGACACAAGCCGCAUCGCUGGCUCCGACGCGGCCUGUUCUUCAGUCACCGUGACUUCGACCGCAUCCUGACCCUCUACGAGCGCGGCGAGCCUUUCUUCCUCUACACCGGUCGUGGUCCCAGUACCGGCAGUCUGCACCUGGGUCACACCAUCCCCCUGCAGUUCACCAAGUGGCUGCAGGAUGUUUUCGACGUUCCCUUGGUCUUCAUGCUUACGGACGACGAGAAGGCUUUGUUCAAGGAUAGCAUAACGUUCGAGGAUGCCAUGCACUUCGCCAUGGAGAACGCUAAGGACAUUAUUGCCCUGGGAUUUGAUCUCAAGAAGACCUUCAUUUACAGCGACCUGAAGUAUGUCAGCAACCACUUCCUCAUGAACGCCUGGGAGUUCGGAAAGCUGGUCACUUUCAACCAAGUCCGUGGUGCGUUCGGCUUCAACGAGAGCACCAACAUCGGUCGCAUCUUCUUCCCCUCCCUUCAGUGUGUCGCCGCUUUCGCUACCUCCUACCCUGAGAUCUGGAAGGACGAGCCCUCCACCGAGCGUACCCAGGAGAUUGCCAACAUCCAGUGCUUGAUCCCUAUGGGUAUCGACCAGGAUCCCUACUUCCGUCUGCUCCGUGACAACGCCCACCGCAUGCGUUUCCCCUCCCCCAAGCCCGCCUUGAUCCACUCCAAGUUCCUCACUGCCCUGCAAGGAGCAGGCGGCAAGAUGUCCUCCUCCGACCCCAACUCGGCCAUCUUCAUGACCGACACUCCCAAGCAGAUCAAGACCAAGAUCAACAAGUACGCCUUCAGCGGUGGCCAAGUCAGCAUCGAGGAUCACCGCCGUCUGGGUGGAAACCCCGACGUCGACGUUUCCUACGUCUACCUUACCUACUUCGAGGAGGACGACGCCAAGCUGGAAGAGAUCUACAAGAACUACAAGAGCGGUGAGCUCCUGACUGGUGAGCUCAAGAAGAUGACCAUCGAGGUGCUGCAGCAGUAUGUUGCUGCGUUCCAGGAGAAGAGAAAGGAAGUCACCGACGAGGUGCUGGCGGCGUACAUGAAGCCCCGCAAGCUGGAGUGGAAGGGCAACCCCAACCCCGUCCCGGCUCCGGCCCCUGCCAUCCGCACUAAGAAGGAAAGCGCGUGACUAGUGAACUUCGAUUGUGGAGUGAGUGGCUGGUUGCAUAAUUGGAUUUAUGAUGCUGGGAUUAGAUCCAUAUACCGUUGUGUAAUAUCCAAGCGAAGACAUGAAAGCGUUGAAAUAAAUAGUUUCGGUGUUCGGUUGCAUUGUGUAUAGAUUGUAUUCAUUAUUCCUUUUCUUUCUAGACACCAAUUAACUGUAGU